AUGGCGGCCUCCAUCGGAAUAAAUUUUGGGUCGAUUUCUUGUUGUGUUGCUGUUCACAAGGAUGGCAAGACAGUCGUUGUAGCAAAUGAUUUAGGAGAUAGAGUUACACCUGCUGUAGUUGCAUUUACAGAAAGAGAAAAAAGUGUUGGUUUAGCUGCUAAGCAAGGCAAGAUAAGGAAUGCGUCCAACACUAUAACUAAUGUCAAGCGAUUACUAGCUAAACGUUAUGAAGACCCUCAUGUCAAAAGUUAUGUCAAGAAGAGUUCUUGUAAAGUCAUUGAGAAAGCCUGUUUUCCAGUUUUUGACGUGGAAUAUCAAGAGAAAAGAUUACUUAUUAAUCCCAGGGAAGUCACCACUUUAAUAUUAAAGAAAAUGAUGGAUAUUGCUAAAGUACAUGGUGGAAGUGCUGCUCAUGAUGCUGUUAUUUCUGUACCAUUAGAUUUCUCUCCUGACCAGUGUAAACAACUCAGUAAUGCUGCCAAAGAAGCUGGUUUUACUGUGUUGCAACUGAUCAGUGAACCAACAGCUGCUGUGUUAGCUUAUAACAUUGGACAGGAGACGCCCACUGAUAACAGUACUGUGUUGGUGUUUCGUCUCGGCGGAACGUGUCUGGAUAUAUCUAUUAUAUCUGUCAAUAGUGGGAUAUACAGAGUACUAGCAAAUACCACAGACACAUCACUCGGUGGUGAACAACUUACUGAUCAGCUUGUAGAGUACUGUGCUGCUGAUUUUCAAAGGAAUUGGAAGUGUGAUAUGCGUGAAAACAAGAGAUCAAUGGCUAAGUUACACAGCGCAUGUGAAUCUUGUAAACAUGUCUUGUCAACAAUGAACAGUUCCACAGUAUUUGUAGAAUCACUUUAUGAUGGGCUUGAUUUGAAUUGUAACGUGUCUAGAGCCAGACUAGAGUCUCUGUUUUCUAGUAUAUUACCAGCAUGUUUACAGCCAUUACAAAAAGUUCUCGAUGAUGCAGGUCUUGAUAAAGCUGAUAUCGAUAAGGUCAUAGUAUCAGGUGGGUCCACAAGAAUUCCCAAGUUACAAAAGCUUGUACGAGAUUACUUCCCAGAUGCUGAACUAUUGAACACUAUAGCCCCAGAUGAGGUGGUUGCCAUGGGAGCAGCCGUGCAGGCUGGUUUGUUAUGCACUGUGGAUGAAGAUGAUAUAGAAGAGAAUGGUGUGGUUGAAUGCUGCUCUAAAAAUAUUAUGAUCAAGAUAUUAGAUGACAAUAGAGUUGAAAAACUACUAACAGUUAUACCAGUAAAUACACCAAUUCCAGUCAGACGUCAACAUGUAUUACAAGUUGGUAAAGACCAGUGUUCAGCCUGUAUACAAAUAUAUGAGGGUGUCAGCGUAGAAGAUGCUAAAUUACUGGCUAAAGUAGUACUACACAAUUUACCAGUGGAUUCAGAAGAUGGCAAAUCAGUUACAACUAUUUUACAUUUUAGGAGGGAAGGUUCCUUACACGUUACAUGUUGUGAAAAGACUUCUGGAAUUACCCAAGAUGUUACAAUAGAAGUCUCUGAAUCAUAA